GUUUGAAAGGGGGAUGAAGAAAGGGGAGGUCGCAGGAGGAAUUAAAAUCGAAUGCGUGUGAUUUGUGAUCGUUUUACAAACGCCAAACGAAGAGGAUUUGUGGCAAAUGGAGCAGAUGGGAAAAGUGGGGACUUGUGAAGAAGGGCUGUGAGGUUGCCUAAGGAUCCGGGAGCCGAAGAGACCGGCUGAUUGGAAGAAAAAAGCAGAGAGAUGGAGGCGGGGGAAGUGCGAGCUCUCUGCGGGGACUGGAGCGAGUCCACGCCCGGGGCCAGCGCUGCAGAGCUGGCGUGCAUUCAACCAACGCUUCCCAGCUAAAGCAAGCCCAGGAAAGAAGAGGGGGGAAAAAGGGGGAGCUUUUCUCCAAAGUCCUUCCGAUCUGCAGGGUGAAAAUUGAUUGACGCCACCGUGAAGGGGGAAGACAGGGAGCUGGAAGGGGGAGACCCAGGAGGUGUCACCCUUGGGUCUGAGAGGUGGAGGAUGAACGGAGAAGCAGAUAGUCCAACUGAUUUAGAAAUGACAGCCCCCAAAAAUCAAGACCGUUGGACCCAGGAAGACAUGCUGACCCUCUUGGAGUGCAUGAAAAAUAAUCUGCCCUCCAAUGACGGCAGCAAGUUCAAAACCACUGAAUCCCAUCUGGACUGGGAUAAAGUUGCCUUCAAAGACUUCUCUGGUGAGAUGUGCAAGAUGAAGUGGAUUGAGAUCUCCAAUGAGGUGAGAAAGUUCCGGACCCUGACAGAAUUGAUCAUGGAUGCUGAAGAACAUGUGAAAAACCCAUACAAAGGCAAAAAACUGAAGAAGCAUCCUGACUUCCCCAAAAAACCUUUGACCCCGUAUUUCCGUUUCUUCAUGGAAAAGCGAGCAAAAUAUGCUAAGCUGCAUCCAGAGAUGAGCAACCUGGAUCUAACCAAGAUUCUCUCAAAAAAAUAUAAGGAGCUCCCCGAAAAGAAAAAGAUGAAGUACAUUCAGGAUUUCCAACGAGAGAAACAAGACUUUGAACGGAAUCUGGCAAGAUUUAGGGAAGACCACCCUGACCUCAUUCAGAAUGCCAAGAAAUCUGAUAUCCCAGAAAAACCCAAGACCCCCCAACAGCUCUGGUAUACUCACGAGAAGAAGAUCUACCUGAAAGUCCGGCCCGAUGCCACCACGAAGGAGGUGAAGGAAGCGUUGGGCAAGCAAUGGUCUCAGCUCUCGGACAAAAAAAGGCUGAAAUGGAUUCAUAAGGCUCUGGAGCAGCGGAAGGAGUAUGAGGAAAUGAUGCGGGAUUACAUACAGAAGCAUCCAGAGAUGAACAUUGAGGAAGGGGCACCACCACGGUCCACCCUAACUAAAGCAGAGAGACAAUUGAAGGACAAGUUCGAUGGGCGACCCACCAAGCCCCCUCCGAAUAGUUACUCGCUUUACUGUGCUGAGCUGAUGGCAAACAUGAAAGAUGUCCCAAGCACAGAACGAAUGGUACUCUGCAGUCAGCAGUGGAAACUUCUUUCCCAAAAGGAAAAGGAUGCCUACCACAAAAAAUGUGAUCAGAAAAAGAAAGAUUAUGAAAUUGAGCUUUUGCGUUUCCUGGAGAGCCUGCCUGAAGAAGAACAACAGAGGGUUUUGGGAGAGGAAAAAAUGCUGGGAAUAAACAAGAAAGGUGCCACCAGCCCUGCCUCUAAGAAGUCAUCACCAGAUGCCAGCAAGGGAGGUUCUGAGAAACCCAAACGGCCCGUUUCUGCUAUGUUUAUCUUCUCGGAGGAGAAACGCAAGCAGCUGCAGGAGGAGCGACCCGAACUGUCGGAGAGUGAACUGGCCCGGUUGCUGGCGCGGAUGUGGAAUGACCUUUCAGAGAAAAAAAAGGCCAAGUAUAAGGCUCGUGAGGCUGCCCUGAAAGCUCAGACAGAGAAAAAACAUGGUUCCGACAAGGAAGAUCGUGGCAAACUUCCUGAGUCACCCAAGACUGCCGAGGAGAUCUGGCAGCAAAGUGUUAUUGGCGAUUAUCUUGCCCGCUUUAAGAAUGACAGGGGGAAAGCGCUAAAAGCCAUGGAAGCUACCUGGAAUAAUAUGGAGAAAAAAGAGAAGCUUAUGUGGAUCAAGAAAGCAGCAGAAGAUCAAAAACGAUACGAGCGAGAACUGAGUGAGAUGAGGGCACCGCCAUGUUCAACAAAUGCCUCCAAGAAGAUGAAAUUCCAGGGUGAGCCGAAGAAACCCCCCAUGAAUGGAUAUCAGAAAUUUUCUCAGGAGCUGCUUUCAAAUGGUGAGCUCAACCACCUUCCUCUGAAGGAGCGGAUGGUGGAGAUUGGAAGCCGCUGGCAACGGAUCUCUCAGAACCAAAAGGAUCAGUACAAAAAGUUGGCUGAAGAACAGCAGAAACAGUACAAAGUGCACCUGGAUAUGUGGCUCAAGAGCUUGUCACCGCAAGAGAGAGCUGCCUACAAAGAGCAUACCUCCAGUAAACGCAAGAACAUGGGGAAGAUGCGAGGCCCAAACCCAAAAAUGAAACCUUCAAUGCAGUCCAAAUCGGAGUCUGAGGAAGAGGACGAAGACGAUGAAGAAGAUGAAGAGGAGGAUGAGGAGGAUGAGGAUGAGGAUGACAACGGUGAUUCCUCUGAGGACGGAGGAGAUUCUUCAGAUUCAAGUAGUGAAGAGGAGAGUGAAGAUGGGGAGGAGAAUGAAGAAGAGGAUGACGAAGAGGAUGAUGACGAUGAUGAGGACAAUGAAUCGGAAGGCAGCAGCAGUUCCUCAUCCUCCUCAGGAGACUCUUCCGAUUCGGACUCCAAUUGAAUUGUCUUUCUUCUUGCCACCUUUCUUGCUGUACUUUAUUCGGUUUUGUUUUUCCGGAUAAUAGUAACAUUGCAGCUGGAGAGCUGGGAUGAGGAGGAAAUGGAGGGGGGGAAAAUCACUGUGGUUUAAUUAACUUCCUUUCUUCACAGACCUCGAUGUGUGGCUGUGGGGGAGAGGAGCAGGGGGCAAGGUACACAGUAGCUGACAACCAGCGGAGGGGUGUACUUUUUCCUUUUCCUUUUCUUUUUUGGUGGGUGAUGGUAAUGUGGGGAGAGAAUUUUAUUCUGUACUCCUUUCUCUCCCCCCCCCCACUUAAAUCUCUGUUUAUAAGAGAUGACAAGGGUCAUUGCAAAAUCCAGGCCCCUUUAAUUCCCCCCCCCUCCAUCUCCAUCCCUCUCCCAAUCCCCAGUUCUAGCCACCAGCUUGGGACUUCGUACAAAUUCUUUUUUAAACAACAACAACAACAACAUGACAAUGUGAGACGUUUUCCCCUCUUUCUCCAUCAACCCCAGCAAACAGCCAUGGAGAGAUGGGUUCUGAAACAGCACGAGCUGUGGGAAGUUGUGGACUUUGCCAGUGAGCCCGAUCUCUCCUCAAAAUGGACAAUCUUGUAUAGUCUUGAUCUUUCACACUUUGACAAAAGAGAGAGAGAACAAAAUGGCUGCGGCUGCACUUAGUUAUUUCCUGUGACGAACUGGAUAUCCAGCGUUUCCUGCUGAGGGAAAUGGGGGUUGGGGGGUCAUAUUUUGUGUGAGUGUGUUGCAAGGGUCAAGGGAUAGAAGAGGGACUGAAGAACAGGAUUUUUUUUAUUAUUUUUUAUGUUUUUGCAAAGGGGGAAUGUCUGGCAUACUGUUGAAGAAGGAGAGAAUUUCAAGAACUCCAAGUGACGGACUUUAUUUUGCUGGAAGUGGACUUUUCUGUGAUUUUUCUGACCAGCAUUUGGACAAAGACCGUAGUAGCCAGACCCCUUUGGGUUGAUGUUGUUGUUAAUAUAUAUAUUUUUUUUUACAAUGAAGUGACCAAUAAUUGUACCAAAA